GAGUCUCUACCGGAAAGGCAAUUGCAGAGCUGAAAGAGAAACGACGGAGAAGACGACGAGGAGCUGACGAUUUCAGAAAUUCAGACCAAGAAAUGAAUAAAACCACCAUAUACGCAUGGCUUGUUGCAAUCGUGUGCUUCGUCGUGUUGAUGAUCGUUACCCCAGCCAUCCCUCAAUCGCAGGAGUACCACGAUUUCGCCGAUCAACGCCGUUUUCUCGGUAUACCGAAUGCACUGAACGUGGUUUCAAAUUUUCCCUUCUUGGUUAUUGGUCUCAUAGGCCUUGUGCUUUGCUAUCAUGAGAAUUACUUUAGGCUGAGUUUGCAAGGUGAGCUUUAUGGUUGGACUUGCUUUUAUAUUGGUGUGGCUCUUGUAGCCAUUGGGUCGUCGUAUUAUCAUCUUGAGCCAAAUGAUGCUCGCCUUGUUUGGGAUCGUUUACCUAUGACUAUUGCAUUCACUUCAAUCAUAUCAAUCUUUAUAAUUGAAAGGAUUGAUGAACAGAGGGGAAAAUUGUCCAUCAUACCUUUAUUAUUGGUCGGUAUAGUUAGCAUUUUAUAUUGGUGCUUGUUUGAUGAUCUGCGUCCAUAUGCACUUGUCCAGUUUGUUCCUUGUAUUGCUAUUCCAUUAAUGACUAUUUUGCUGCCCCCAAUGUAUACACAUUCUACCUACUGGCUAUGGGCUGCAGGAUUUUAUCUCUUAGCAAAGGUAGAAGAAGCUAGUGAUAAAAUGAUAUAUAAUUGGACAUAUCAUAUUGUUAGUGGUCACACACUCAAGCACUUAUGUGCUGCUAUGGUUCCUGUCUUCUUAACUUUGAUGCUCGCCAAGCGAACAGUUGAACCGGAGAGGCAGAGUUUGUUCAAGAUUUGGAAGGUGACAUUGAUGAAGGUCAGAGAUAAUAAGACCAAGGUAGAGGCCUCUGUUUGUUCCUUCUCAUCUGUCCCGGUCCUAGAACAACAAUAAUCAAGUAAGUUUGCGUUUUACCCAAAAUCACAUAGGGGAUUCCAUUGUUGGAAACUCGCCUACAUAUUUUAACUUUAGUAAAUAAUUGUAUAGUUGAAUGUAGACACCAAGAAAGACCACACAAAACUCAGUGUCCCACCUGUAACUAAUUGUUAGCUGUCUCCAAAUUUUAAUCUGCAGCCACGAAUAACCAGUGGAGUUUAGGGUAAAGGGUAGUUUUCUUCUUGGAUAAAUUAGCACAUUGAAUAAUUAAUUUUCUUCUUCAAUCUUACUAUAGUUACACAA